AUGUGGCUGCUGCACCUGUUGCUGGCCCUGCUGGCUCCUGUCACUGCUGCAGGCUGCCAGGGUGCUGAGCUCGACAGGCAGCUUAUCCUGGCCAAGCUCCGGGCCCAGGUCCUGGAGUAUCUGAGUCCCAGUAGCCCCAGGAGCAGGGCCCAGCAGGAGCGAAGAGGGAUGCACAGGAGGCACAUCCCAGGGACUCCAGCCCUCUGGGGCCAGGCGCUAGAGGACACCUCCCAGGUGAUACUUUUCCCCACCACAGAUGUGCCAUGUGAACCACCCCAGCCGGACGGGCUCCCGGAGGAUGAGAGUCUUUUCACCUACCUCUUCCAGCCUUCACCUCACACCCUGAGCCGCGUGGUGACGUCCACCCAGCUCUGGUUCCACACCGGCCCAGUCCUCGUGCCCCCCGGCUCAUCAGCUGCUGCCAACCACUCUGCGGUGGGGGCAGACGUGCUGAUCCUCUCGGGGCAGGGCCGGGUCACCGUGGCAGCCACUGUGGUGCAGGCAGCCGAGCAGUGGACGGUCUUUCACUUCGCUGCGCCCUUCCUGCGCUACGUCUGCCAGAAGCUCUUUGUGCUGCUGGUGCGCUGCCCGGGCUGCCCCUGCACGGCCGACGCAGACAAGAUGCCCUUCCUCAUGGCCACCACCAAACCCAAAGGGCCAGACAGAGCCCGCCGCUCCUCUGUGCCCUGGUCCCCGGCAGCCCUCAACCUGCUGCAGCGCCCAUCAGAGGAUGCCGCAGUCCACGCUGACUGCCACCGGGCUGCCCUCAACAUCUCCUUCGAGGAGCUGGGCUGGGACAAGUGGAUCGUGCACCCUAGCAGCUUCGUCUUCCACUACUGCCAUGGCAGCUGCUCCGACGCCCACACCCUGAGCCAUGCGCUGGGCUUCCGGCUGUGCUGUGCGGCCCUGCCCAGCACCAUGCGCUCCCUGCGUGUGCGCACCACCUCCGACGGCGGCUACUCCUUCAAGUACGAGACUGUGCCCAACAUCCUCACCCAGGACUGCGCCUGCAUCUAGGGCUGCCGGGUACCAUGCAGCCCUGCGCUGGGCUCUGCCGAGCCGGCCCGA